GUUUAUAAUGGGAAACAAGUGCUUGAAACCUCAUCAUAGUGAUAUGGUAUGCAGAAACACUUUUGUUGAUGAGUUUUAUGCAUUUAAAUAGUUGAAUGAUCAGAAUACAGAACCAAUUCUUAAUCAAGCGAGUAUUAAAGACUAUUAGUUGCUCAAAGUACUCGGAAGGGGUGGAUUUGGAAAAGUCAUGUUAGUCUAACAUAAAAAGAAUAGUAAAUAAUAUAUUAAUGAAUAUAUAGACUAACUAUAUGCAAUGAAGAUUAUUAACAAGAAAAAUCUGACUUCCGAAUGGAUGAGAAGAAGUGCAAAAACAGAAAGAUAAUUGUUAGAAAUUUUGGAUAGUCCAUUCAUUGUUAAAUUGAUUGAGGCUUUUCAAACUCAAUAGAAACUUUAUCUAGUUGUCGAAUAUAUGAGUGGAGGGGAACUAUUUUAGUAUUUAAAACAUUAUGGAAAAUUUUCAGAGGAUGUAGCCAAGUUUUAUGCCGCCUAGAUCUUGCUUUCUUUGGAAUAUCUCCAUUCCAAUGGCAUAGUGUAUAGAGAUCUCAAACCUCAAAACAUCUUAUUGGAGAAAGGAUACAUCAAACUCACCGAUUUUGGAUUAUCGACUAGAAAUGAUGGACUUUAAUUUUCACAAUGUGGAACCAUAGACUAUUUAGCACCUGAAGUUUUAGGGAACCAAGGAUACACUAACAAAUGUGAUGUAUGGAGUUUCGGUGUUGUUCUCUAUCAAAUGUUAAUUGGAUGCGAUACAGAACAAAUUGAAUUUGAAAAUACUUCCAUCUCCACUCAAGCCAAGGAUCUACUAUCACAUCUGCUUGAUGUGAAUGUUAACACCAGAUACAAUCUUUAAUAGGCUUAGCAACACGUCUUCUUUGAGGACAUUGAUUUCGAGGCAUUGUCGAAGAAAAAGAUUAUACCCCAAUCUAUGUUUUUGGAACAUAGUGUAUUAAAAUUAUUUAAUCUCUUAGAGAUUCAAGUUCUUCUCCAAGAGCUGCUUAGAAUAAUCAGCUGUUGACACUGAAGAAUCUGAAUGUGCUAGUCAAGUGAGUUAGUUCACAUAUAAUCAAUAUAAGUCCAAAAUUUCACGAGCUGAUACAUUAUGCAGUUCAUAUGGAGUGCCUAAGUCUUUUUGAGAAAGGGAACAUGGCAUUAAUGAUGAUGUAAC